UAGUCAAGUGAUUUCCUGUAAGGCAUUUGAAAAUUUAUAAACAGGGGUGCAGCACUGCGAACUGAACACAAAAGUCGAUUUCACCACUUCAACAGCAUCUCAUCAGACCUGACACAACACCACUCAUACUUAAACAAGACAGAGGACAAAGAAACAGAGAAGUUAUGGAUUCCAUCACUUUGAGAACCCAACGCAUUACCACUGCAGAGGACAUGAGAAACCAAACUCAACUGCUGUCUUAUUCAUGGGAAGAGUAUUUGACCCCGGCACCACUAUCCAUAGCUAUUUUGGGUGAGCUGGCAUGCAUCUCCUCCACCUCAGAUUUCUCUAUCAAUAGAAAUCCCCCCGCAGGUGGUUACAAACACAUCAGAUACCCAGAAUCCUUUCGAGCUUGCCUCAUGCAAGUGUGUAACUCUGGUUGGUGGGCAUUUAAUGAGGCCCAUAAAAACAUGGAUAAAAUAAGUCUCCAUACUGCCCGGGUUCCAGAUUACAUGAAGACCGCAGUGAAGCUUCUGUUCUGUGGCAAUAAUGAAGUCAUUGAAGCACAUCUUCCUAAUCAGCUAAAGAGUAUCGGAGUCAUUGCAGAUGAAUGUCUUAAAUUGUCAAUUGAAACAGAAGCCUAUUUCAGCAAGGUGGUCAACAUUAUCCAGGAACUAUUUGAAGCAUGCUUGAAUUCAAAGACAUUUUAUGGAAAAGAGAUGCAGGAGAUGAAGAGGAAACUAGAAGAGGCCAAAAUAAGAGAGCAGUCAGCAAAAGAAACCAAGAGAAGAAUGGAGAAAGCAAUAAAAGACAUUGACGCUGAAGUAAAGCAAGCUAGAGAAAGCUACAAGAAAGCACUGGAUUCUCUUCCAACUGGAUGGAAUUUGAUUGGGAUGGAAAUUGUUGGAGGAAUAUUUCUGAGCGUCAAUGCACUCGUGAAUGGGCUGGCAGCCUUUAUAGCCAAGCCAACUCGAAGCGCAAAGAAGGCUGCUAAAGGUCAGCGUCGACCGAGAGGUGGAAGCGAUGUGAUUGUGAUUGAUGACAUCAUAUCAUGCAGUAAGUCUGCUGAAAUUCUUGCCCUUGUGCUUGCUAUCGAGGAAAAUAUGUUUGCGGGUUGCAAAGAGAAUGAGAUUGACUGGAAGAAUCUGUUUGAUCAGAAGGAGAAUUAUACAAAAACUGAUUUCAUAGAAAAGCAGUUUAAAAGAAUUAAUGGCGAUUUAGAGAAAGUCUCAGAUUGCCAGAGCAAGGCCCAAGCGCAGGUGUUAUGCCAAAAGGCCAUCAACAUAUGUAGGCAGUUAGCACGUUAUGCACCAGAAGGCAAAUGUGACAAAGCCACAUGCAUGAAGAUAAUACAGGAGGUCCUGGAUUUAAAAAAUUCUGCCUGUGUUUUUGAUAGCAAAAGCAAAGCUUUGACACAGUCCCCAGCUAUUUCUCCACAACCACCGAUGAUGUUUAAAAAAACAACCGAGCAAAAGAAUAUGAAUCCAGCACAGAGGGCUUCGGAGAAUGCGCGAUUCGCCAUAGAACAAUGCCAAGCUCAGUUGCAAAAGGCGAUGGAGCUCAGAGAAAAAAGUGUGCAGAGUCAAGAAGAAAACAUGAAGGAAUUAGACGAAAUCCUGAUCGUUAUGCGAAAAUGUGAACUCGAUGAAAUCGACUUUGAAACCACCAUAAAGAUGCUGACCAAAGGUAUGGAUGCCAUAGGAAAAUUGCAGAUGCGUUGGCAGAAAAUGGUUCAAUUCUUUCAGAUGAUUUCCAACCUUGUGCAAACCAACCUCAAUCCAGAUCUCAAAGACUUUGUCUUAACAUGCUCAAACCCCAAAGGCCUAUCCUAUGAUCCCAAUUCAUUCGCAAUAGACCUCCUCUACAAGCAAGCCUUCAAAGUCAGUGACAUUGCUAGUCUGGUCAGUAUGAUCUCAAGAACAUACACACAGGUGUCCAACAAGUACCUGAUGGAUAAUGUCGGCACACUGAGCGUUCUGAUGGCCAUGGAUAAAAGUGAUCCAGAAUUUGGGGAGAAGCGUAAGAGGUUCCAGGACUCGUGUCAGGAUGCACAAAACGGCAUUUCAAAGUUUGUUAAGGAGAAAAAGCACGAGUAUAAUAGAAAAAGCAUUGGAAGACAACAACAGAUUCAGCAAGAGUUGCUGGCCAUUCUUCCCAAAGUUUCUCAAGAGAAAGCCAAGAAAAUUUGUGAGAAUGUGCAAGCUGGAUUCAGUGAGGAAGAAGCAGCUGAAUACAUCUGAGGGAAUAAUGUAUGUAUUGUCUAGUAUCACAUAUUAACAGAUCAAACCAGUUGAUACUACUGUAGCUUUAGCUUAAAAAUAUCUUUAAAUAUGUAAUCGUCAUGACUCAUGAUAGUCAAUUUAGUGUAUUGUCUGUCCACACUAUUAUUAGUUUGAAUUAUACCUGCAGACUGUAGAUUAAAGGAUUGAAAAUAGCGGAGGAUCUACAAUGCUGCCACCUUGUGGUGGUAAUACUAUUUGCACUUAUGUUCUCACACACAAGACAUACAGGCGAAAGGGAAUCAUAUAUAGGGUUUACCUUAGAAUAAAGCACACAUAAUAGGUUAGGAAAGAACAAAGAGCAAGGAAUAAAAAUAAUUAAUAGUAAGUUUAAACAUUUACAUUCCUAUAGGCUCAUUUAUGUUUUGGAUAAGUUUACAAGUGUAUGAAGAAUUAAAAUAAUGCAGUAGUAAUGUCUUUAAUCCAACAUUUAUUUGUACAAAUUGAACAUAAGAUUAAAUGAAAGGUUAAUGAAACAAAGUUAACAAAUUGAAAAAUAUGCAAAAUGUUCAAUUUACCUGUAAUCAUUAUGUUCACAAAACACUUUUACUCUAUUGUAGUUACAUAUUGAUUUGUUGUAAAGUUUCUACUAUGUAUUCAUCACAAUUCACAUAAUACCAGUAGCUAUUCACAGCCUUUCCCUAUAUUUCUGAUGUUAAAAUACAUCAUUGCAUAACUGGCAAUUUACACAAUUAUAACAGAUGAAAUUAAGCCUGUCGCUCCCUGGUCUCCCUACCCACUGAUGCCCCCCAGUGGACUCCAUAGCUCCUGACAGUUCACACUCCUUAUAACCAUAUGGCCCAUGGCCAGGUGCCCAGUUCUGGUAGCAGCCAGUUUCUGUGUUCUUUAUCCAGAACCAGAAGUUGAAUUUGCAUGUAUAACGGAGACCAAGCCAUAUGUGGGAAGUGGAGGCCUGGGUGGCUUUCUGUGCUGUCCUAUCUUGAAGCUCUUGACUGUGAAUGGAGACCAGGUCCACAUGAUGCUUUCUGCAAUAACUAACAGCUUCCAGCCAUGUCAUGUUUUCAUUCACCAGAAUCAAGUUAUCUGUGGGACACAAACAUGGUGUAUAUUAAGGUUUUCAUUUUAUUAUUAUGUUUAUCUGUUUCGUUAGAGCAUUAUGAUAAAACGUAUUGCUUGCAUGCACUAUUAGUCACUUUGAACAAAUCUCUGUUAACUACUAAAUGCAUAAAUGUAAUGCCAAUGUUUAUUAUUUGUUAUCAAUAAAUAGCCAGUUAAUCUUAAAA